GAGACCAAUCAGCGUUUCGACCAAAUCUUGCACGAAAUAUCCCGUGGCUUCGACCAAGCACAGAGGAUAGCAGAGAAGACGGACAGCCGUCCCGGACCUGACCACGAUCGGCCGACAACCCUCUUCGAAGCAUUGACACAGGAGUGCAGCAUCGAGGCCAUGCGCCUCCUUAGAGAAGACACGGUGGUGGGCUUGAACGAAAGACUGACCACGGGCGACACCACGCUUAUACGAGCCAUCAAGAACCAGAUGUGGGAGGUUGCCUUUGAGAUUCUUCGACACGAUGAAUUUACGCAACUCAAUGAGACGGAUUCCUUGGGCCUUUCGGCCUGGCACCACGCGCUUGUGCGGGAACGCUCCGAUGUCGUGGCAGCCAUAACGAACCGAUCUGAUUUUGCUGCUGUCCACGCACUGGACUUGAACGCCGUGGCGCAACAUGUCGCAUCAGCGCGUGACACGAAACGCCCAGCGCCUCUCGUUGGAAUAUGA